AUGGUAUACAAAUUAUUCUUGUUCUACUCACCAUAUCUAUGGCGUAUCUUGUUUCUAUUUCUUCGCACUCUUCAGUUCUUGAUCGUCGUUUUUCCACCGAGUCUAUCGAACAUCUAUCUUAACUACCCUUCAGCUAUAAAUAUUCUCAUUAUCUACAUUAGAACUUCUGUUCAAUUAAUUGUUAAUCAGCAUCGCCUCGCCUGUCUGCUAUCUGCUUCACAACCGAGUAGUGGCGCCUGGCUCAACGCAGUGCACUCUUCAUCUACCGUUUUUUUUUGUUUUGUUUUUCUCUCCGAUCAUUCUUUUGGUCAUUUUUCUUUCAUUUGUCUAUUUUUUUUACGUCUUUCUCUUUCUUUUACUUUCUUUUCGCUCUCUUUUUUGUCUUAUUUUUUCAUUGCCAUUCAUCAAGCCUUCUUUUUCAUUCUUUCAUUUUCUUUUUUAUUUCCUCCUUUGUCUCUUUAUUUUCAUUUUCUUUUGUUCUUUCUUUCAUUUCAUUUUCAUUUUCUUUCAAUAUUUCUUCUUUCUUUCUUUCUUUCUUUUUCUUUCUUUUUUCUUUUUUCAAUAUUUCUUCUUUCUUUUUUUUUUUUCAUUUUUUCAAUAUUUUUUUUUUCUUUUCAUUUUCAUUUUCUUUCAAUAUUUCUUCUUUCUUUCUUUCUUUCUUUUCAUUUUCAUUUUUUCUUUCAAUAUUUCUUCUUUCUUUUCUUUCAUUUUUUUCUUUCAAUAUUUCUUUUCUUUCUUUCUUUUCAUUUUCAUUUUUUCAAUUUUUCUUCUUUUUUCUUUCUUUCUUUCUUUCUUUUUUUUUUCUUUCUUUUUUUCAUUUUCAUUUUUCCUUUUCUUCUUUCUUUCUUUCUUUUCAUUUUUUUUCUUUUCCAAUUUUCAUUUUCUUUCAAUAUUUCUUCUUUUCUUUUCAUUUCAUUUCUUUCAAUAUUUCUUCUUUCUUUCUUUCUUUCUUUUCAUUUUCAUUUUCUUUCAAUAUUUCUUCUUUCUUUCUUUCUUUCUUUCUUUUCAUUUUCAUUUUCUUUCAAUAUUUCUUCUUUCUUUCUUUUCAUUUUCAUUUUCUUUCAAUAUUUCUUCUUUCUUUCUUUCUUUCUUUCUUUUCAUUUUCAUUUUUUUCAAUAUUUCUUCCUUCUUUCUUUCUUUCUUUUCAUUUUCUUUCAAUAUUUCUUCUUUCUUUCUUUCUUUCUUUUCAUUUUCAUUUUCUUUCAAUAUUUCUUCUUUCUUUCUUUUCAUUUUCAUUUUCUUUCAAUAUUUCUUCUUUCUUUCUUUCUUUCUUUUCAUUUUCAUUUUCUUUCAAUAUUUCUUCUUUCUUUCUUUCUUUCUUUUCAUUUUCAUUUUCUUUCAAUAUUUCUUCUUUCUUUCUUUCUUUCUUUUCAUUUUCAUUUUCUUUCAAUAUUUCUUCUUUCUUUCUUUCUUUCUUUUCAUUUUCAUUUUCUUUCAAUAUUUCUUCUUUCUUUCUUUCUUUCUUUCUUUUCAUUCUUCCCUCCUUCGAGCUUUCAUUUUUCUACUCUUCCUCUUUUUUGCCUUCCUCCGUUGUUUCUUCUUUCUUUCCUUUUUCUUUUCUUCUUUCUUUUCUAUCUAUCUAUCUUCUAUCUCAAUUUCUUCUUUUAUUAUCUAUUAUCCAUCUUUCAGUUUCUUCUUAUCUAUCUAUCUAUCUAUUUAAGUCUUUCUUCUCAAUUUUUUUAUCUAUCUAUUUUAUCUAUUUCUAUCUUUCUUCUUCUAUUCCGUUUUUCUUAUUUUUAUUAUUUAUCUUCUAUUUCAUUUUCUUCUUUCUUUCUAUCUAUCUAUAUUUCUAUUUCUUUAUAUCGUUCUCUGUUUCUUCUUAUCUAUCUAUCUAUCUAUCUAUCUCAAUUUCAUUAUCUAUCUAUUAUCUUCUUUUUUCUCAGUUUCCUGUUGAUCUAUCUAUCAAUUUCUUUUCAGUUUCUUAAUUUUUUCUUUCUUAGAUCCACUUUCUUCUUUAUCUAUCUUCUAUUUCUAUUUUUAUUACAUCUCUGUUUCUUUUAUCUUCCAUCUUUUUUUAUUUAUCUAUCUAUUCUUUCUCCCCAUCCAUCAUUCUAUUAUCUUUUUUAUCUCAGUUUCUUCUUAUCUAUCUAUCUAUCUAUCUAUCUAUCUAGUUUCUUCUAUCUAUCUAUCUAUCUAUCUCAGUUCUAUCUAUCUCAUUUUUCUUAUCUAUCUAUCUAUCUAUCUAUCUAUCUAUCUAUCUCAAUUUCUUCUUAUCUGUCUAUCUAUCUAUCUAUCUAUCUGUCUCAUUUUCUUCUUAUCUAUCUAUCUAUCUAUCUAUCUAUCUCAGUUUCUUCUUAUCUAUCUAUCUAUCUAUCUAUCUAUCUAUCCAGUUUCAGUUUCUUCUAUCUAUCUAUCUAUCUAUCUUUCUUCCUUAUCUAUCUAUCUAUCUAUCUUUCUUCUAUCUAUCUAUCUAUCUAUCUAUCUAUCUAUCUAUCUAUAUCUAUCUAUCUAUCUAUCUAUCAUUUAUCUAUCUAUCUAUCUAUCUAUCUACUUCCAUCUCAGUUCAUCUCUAUCUAUCUAUCUAUCUAUCUAUCUAUCUCAUCUUUUAUCUAUCUAAGAUUUCUUCUUAUCUAUCUAUCUAUCUAUCUAUCUAUCUAUCUCAGUUUUUCUUCUAUUAUCUAUCUAUCUAUCUAUCUAUCUAUCUCAGUUUCUUUUUCAUCUAUCUAUCUAUUUCUCAUUUCUAUCUAUCUAUCUAUCUAUCUAUCUAUCUAUCUAUCUAUCUCAGUUUCUUCUUAUCUAUCUAUCUAUCUAUCUAUCUAUCUCAGUUUCUUCAUAUCUAUCUAUCUAUCUAUCUAUCUAUCUAUCUAUCUAUCUAUCUAUCUAUCAGUUUCUUCUUAUCUAUCUAUCUAUCUAUCUAUCUAUCUAUCUAUCUAUCUAGUUUCUUCUAUAUCUAUCUAUCUAUCUAUCUUCUUAGUUCUAUCUAUCUAUCUAUCUAUCUAUCUAUCUAUCUAUCUAUCUAUCUCAUUUCUUCUUAUCUAUCUAUCUAUCUCUAUCUAUCUAUCUCAGUUUAUCUAUCUAUCUAUCUAUCUCAUUUCUUCUUAUCUAUCUAUUUCUUCUAUCUAUCUAUCUAUCUAUCUAUCUAUCUAUCUAUCUCAGUUUUUAUCUAAGAUUUUUAUCUAUAUAUCUAUCUAUCUUCUUAUCUAUCUCUAUCUAUCUAUCUCUUCUAUCUAUCUCAGUUUCUUCUAUCUAUCUAUCUAUCUAUCUCAUUUAUCAUAUCUAAGAUUUUUUCAUAUCUAUCUAUCUAUCUAUCUAUCUAUCUAUCUAUCUAUCUAUCUAAAUUUCUUCUAUCUAUCUAUCUAUCUAUCUAUCUAUCUAUCUCAGUUUCUUCUUAUCUAUCUAUCUAUCUAUCUAUCUAUCUAUCUAUCUCAGUUUCUUCUUAUCUAUCUAUCUAUCUAUCUAUCUAUCUCAGUUUCUUCUUAUUAUCUAUCUAUCUAUCUAUCUAUCUCAGUUUCUUCUUAUCUAUCUAUCUAUCUAUCUAUCUAUCUAUCUCAGUUUCUUCUUAUCUAUCUAUCUAUCUAUCUAUCUAUCUCAGUUUUUUUCAUAUCUAAGAUUUUUCAUAUCUAUCUAUCUAUCUAUCUAUCUAUCUAUCUAUCUAUCUAUCUCAGUUUCUUCUUAUCUAUCUAUCUAUCUAUCUAUCUCAGUUUUUUCAUAUCUAAGAUUUUUCAUAUCUAUCUAUCUAUCUCAGUUUCUUCUUAUCUAUCUAUCUAUCUAUCUAUCUAUCUCAGUUUCUUCAUCUAUCUAUCUAUCUAUCUAUCUAUCUAUCUCAGUUUUUUCAUAUCUAAGAUUUUUCAUAUCUAUCUAUCUAUCUAUCUAUCUCAGUUUCUUAUCUAUCUAUCUAUCUAUCUAUCUAUCUAUCUAUCUAUCUAUCUCAGUUUCUUCUUAUCUAUCUAUCUAUCUAUCUAUCUAUCUCAGUUUCUUCUUAUCUAUCUAUCUAUCUAUCUAUCUAUCUAUCUAUCUCAAUUUCUUCUUAUCUAUCUAUCUAUCUAUCUAUCUAUCUAUCUAUCUAUCUCAGUUUCUUCUUAUCUAUCUAUCUAUCUAUCUAUCUAUCUCAAUUUCUUCUUAUCUAUCUAUCUAUCUAUCUAUCAUCAUCCAUUUCUUCUUAUCUAUCUAUCUAUCUAUCUAUCUAUAUCUCAAUUUCUUCUUAUCUAUCUAUCUAUCUAUCUAUAUCUCAGUUUCUUCUAUCUAUAUCUCUAUCUAUCAUCUAUCUCAUUUAUCUAUCUAUCCAUCCAUCUAUCUAUCUCAGUUUCUUUUUAUCAUCUAUCAUAUCUAUCUAUCAUAUCUAUCUAUCUAUCUAUCUAUCUAUCUAUCUAUCUCAGUUUCUUCUUAUCUAUAUCUAUCUAUCUAUCUCAGUUUCUAUCUAAGAUUUUCAUCUAUCUAUCUAUCUAUCUAUCUAUCUAUCUAUCUCAGUUUCUUCUUAUCUAUCUAUCUAUCUAUCUAUCUAUCAGUUUCUUCUUUCUAUCUAUCUAUCUAUCCUAUCUAUUUCUAUCUAUCUAUCUAUCUAUCUAUCAUCUAUUCAUUCAGUUUCUUCUAUCUAUAUCUAUCUAUCUAUCUAGUUUCUUCAUUCUAUCUAUCUAUCUAUCUAUCUAUCUAUCUAUCUAUCUCAGUUUCUUCUUAUCUAUCUAUCUAUCUAUCUAUCUAUAUCUCAGUUUUUUCAUAUCUAAUCUAUUCAUCUAUCUAUCUAUCUAUCUAUCUCAUUUUUCUAUCUAUUUCUUCUUAUCUAUCUAUCCUUUCUAUCUCAUAUUUUUUUCUUAUCUAUCAUAUCUAUCUAUCUAUCUAUCUAUCUAUCUCAGUUUCUUCUCUAUCUAUCUAUCUAUCUAUCUAUCUAGUUUCUUCUUAUCUAUUAUCUAUCUCCAUAUCUAUCUAUCAAUUUUUCAUAUCUAUCUAUCUAUCUAUCUAUCUAGUUUCUUCAGUCUUCUAUCUAUCAUCUAUCUAUCUAUCUAUCUAUCUCAGUUUCUUCUUUCUAUCUAUCUAUCUAUCUAUCAUAUCUAUCUAUCUAUCUA